UUUUCUGUACCCCCACCCUCCAUGGAUGGGUUGCAAUAUCAAAAGAAAAGAAAGUAUUUUUUUUUCAUUUUUUUAUUCUAAAAUUUGGAGUUUCAUUAAAUUAGAUUUACUAAGGAUUUGGAGUCCGAGGCUUUGGUUCUCUAUAGAGAGAGAGAAAGCAAGAGCGCUGGAGAGAGAAAGCGCGUGUAGUAAAAGCGUUUGAGGAUCGGACACAUAAAACAGAAGGAACAAACAGCAACGAUGUUGGUGCAUACGUGUGGAUGAUCUCGUAGUCGCCAUUUUAUGGGAUCAUAUUUAUAAUUUAUGCAACCAUUUUGGAGUUUUUGGGAGUGGUGAGAGUAAAUGUCGUUUCGAAGUAUAGUAAAUGAUGUCAGGGAUGCUUUUGGGAGCUUAUCUAGGCGUAGUUUUGAGGUGAGGUUGCCUGGCCACCAUAAGGGAAAAUCUCAUGGAUUAGUGCUUGAGUUGCAUGAUCAGCCUGUGGUUAUUCAGAAUAGCCGCUGGGCAAGCCUCCCGCCUGAGCUGUUGCGUGAUGUGAUCAAGAGAUUGGAAGCGAGUGAGAGUACCUGGCCUGCUCGCAAGCAUGUUGUUGCUUGUGCUGCAGUAUGCAGGUCAUGGAGGGAAAUGUGCAAAGAAAUUGUUCAAUGUCCCGAGUUCUCUGGAAAAAUCACCUUUCCAGUGUCUCUGAAGCAGCCUGGGCCAAGGGAUGGGAGCAUUCAAUGCUUCAUUAAGAGAGACAAAUCUAAUUUAACUUAUCACCUUUUCCUUUGCCUUAGUCCUGCUUUGCUUGUUGAAAAUGGGAAGUUUCUUCUUUCUGCAAAACGGACACGUAGAACUACAUGCACAGAGUAUGUGAUCUCCAUGGAUGCAGAUAACAUAUCAAGAUCUAGCAGCACGUAUAUUGGAAAACUUAGGUCAAAUUUUCUUGGCACCAAAUUCAUUAUUUAUGACACACAACCUCCAUACAACAACGCUCAGCUUUCACCACCUGGCCGAAGCCGUAGGUUCUAUUCAAAAAAAGUCUCACCAAAGGUUCCCACUGGUAGCUACAACAUUGCUCAGGUCUCAUAUGAGCUGAAUGUGCUAGGUACUAGGGGGCCUCGGAGGAUGCAUUGCACUAUGCACUCAAUUCCUGCAUCUGCCCUCGAGCCAGGUGGCAUUGUCCCAGGCCAGCCAGAGCUUCUGCCUCGAUCCCUUGAAGACUCAUUUAGAAGCAUCUCUUUCUCAAAGUCAAUUGAUAAUUCAUCUGAGUUUAGCAGUGCCAGAUUCUCGGAUAUUGUUGGAACCCGCGAUGAAGAGGAUGAGGGAAAGGAGAGACCAUUGGUUCUCCGGAACAAACCACCACGGUGGCAUGAGCAGUUACAAUGUUGGUGCCUGAACUUUCGAGGGCGGGUGACAGUUGCGUCUGUGAAGAAUUUUCAGCUGAUUGCAGCAAACCAGCCAUCAGCUGGUGCUCCAACACCAUCACAGCCUGCCCAAUCUGAUCAUGAUAAGAUUAUUCUCCAGUUCGGUAAAGUCGGCAAGGACAUGUUUACCAUGGAUUACAGAUAUCCUCUCUCUGCGUUUCAGGCUUUUGCCAUCUGCCUGAGCAGCUUUGACACCAAAUUGGCAUGUGAAUAGACGAAAAAGUGACGACAUGUUAAGCAAAUAGAACAUGUAGCUGGGUAUUGGUCCUUACUUUCUAGCAUUUAUAGGAUGGGGUGGUUGUACUCAGCCAAAGAGACUUGCAAGCACAGAACAACUUCUGUGCACCUACGGGAGUCCUCCUCCUUUCCAUUUCUCUUCCUCUUUGUCUUCCUUUUGGUUUUUUCCUCUAUUUUUCUCCUUUGAGGUAGAUUGCUUUAAAUGGUUUCAUCGUCUGUCAUCUGUUGUUCAAUCUUUGAUGUUCUAAUCAUGUUAUCAUAACAGUUAAGACUUGGAAGCUUACAAUGUUCAAGUAUCAUGUAAUGGAAGAUUCCUCUCUCGGGGGCUCUUUUUAUUUUUUUAGCUA